AAUCUACAGUAAGUUACUGGCAGCUAGUUGCCAGUAACACCCAGAAAUACUUUACAGUGCAGUGGUAAACUCUCGUUUUCUACUGAUAUACUGAUCACAGUAUAUUCACUGGCAUUACAAAAAAGUAAAAAAAAAAGAAUAAAUAGAAUAGACAUAUAUUUGUAUAUUUGAUGUUUUUGACCUUUAAGAUUACGACAACUUACGCCCCUUGUAUUUAAAUUUCCUUUUCUCAUCAAAGCCUCGCCCCCUCUUUUGAUCGUUUAUAUAAAAGCCACUGAAAUGGUUUGUGAUUUUAUUCACCUCCUGACUGACCAAAGAUGGAACUGAAAAUCUUCAUUGUUCUCUUCUGCGCUCUUUUCACUGGAGGAAAUUCACUCCAAUGUUAUGAGUGUUCAGGUAAGAUGGGUUCUUGUGUAAGCAAAGAGAAGACGUGUCAGGACACUGAAACAACAUGUGGAAGUGCAACAACUGUAGUAUCCACUGGUGGCACUGAAGUUAAAGAGCAGUCUAAGGGUUGUAAAUUGAAGGAUAAUUGUAUAAGUGGAUCUGUUAACUUCGGAGUUAAAAGGUUGGUUAUGUCUACAAAGUGCUGUAGCACAAACCUAUGUAAUACCCAAGAUGCCCCAGAUUACGGCUCUAACAGCCCCAAUAAAAACCAAUGUUACUACUGCGAUGAGAAGAAUUGCUUCAACAAAUUAAAAUGUUUAGGAGAUGAAGAACGCUGCUUUACAGGAAAAAAAACUGCUGGGUCUGUGUCUCAGACUGUCAAAGGAUGUGUCUCUAACUCUGUCUGUGAUGCUGCAUCACAAGCGAAUAAAGGUUUCACGAGCUUCUCAUGCUGUAAGGGGAGUCUGUGUAACGGUGCUAAGAGCGUCACACAGAAUCUCCUCUUUCUCUUAUGGCCGCUCUUCUUCUACAUCCUGAUCCACUGAAUUCAGCAGAACUUCACUCUCUACAGCAGUAAUGUGAGAUUAGUAAAAUAAAAAGAUUAUGUUUUAUGAUUUAUGCAGCAGCAACAGCAGUAUGUCACAUAUUUUGGAUUAAUUAAUUAAUUUGGUUUGAUUUAAUAAAGCUUAAUUUUCAUUGUAUUUUUGGUGUUGUCACAGUGGUUUUGGUGAAAAUAUAUAUACUGUAAACAGAAAAACAUGAAAUAAAAUGUAACCCCAUUAUACACUUGUUUUAAGGCAAAAUCUAUCAAUGAUAUUGUAAUAAACACAGUUUCUAAAUGAAGUUAACCAAC